AUGAGUGACGGUUUGAGACCAAACGGCCUCCGUGAAAGUUACACUAGCACGGAAACUGCCGAGGAUUGCCGAAUGGGUUUGAUACUGGAUACAAACAGCUAUGCUUUUUCUCGAUUAAACAGACUUCCGGAAAGGGCACGUUUGUUUUUAAGUUUACUAUUUCCACGAAUGAGACAUAAAAUGCUGUGGAUUGCUAUUAUGGUGAUGUGCUGUCUACAAACAGUUGAAAGUGAAGAGUGUGAUAAAACAGAAAUAAUUGUUGGUCAACUUGGAAAGGAACUGGUGUUAAAUUUUCCACUUUCUGAUCUCAGAGACGAGUAUAACAAAUAUAUCAUUGAACAUGAUAGUGUAAAAAAGUUUAAAGAUAAUGAAACUACAAUCCAGGAUCUCAAAAAUGACUCAAAUAUUCGGUUUAGAAAUAAGAUGAAUUCUAAAAAUGAAGAUAUAAUUUUUAUACAUGGUAAAUCAAAUAAUCUGAUCAGAAGUGGGACAGAAAUCACCAUGACUGAUGAUGCCUUCAUGGUAAAAAAAACAAAACUACAAAAAGAAGAUGCUGGAAUAUAUUGGAUCAAUUUCAAUGUAAUUCAUUUGGGACAGAAAGCUUUGAUUAUAGCAGGCAAACCCACAAUUGAAGGACGAUCUCCACCAAAUCCUGUUUUAAAACCAGAAGAUAACUAUACUUCAAUCUUACAACUAGAAUGUCACAGUGUUUCAACCAGUAUAGGAGAUUGUCAACCGGUCAAUAACCCUAUGUAUAUAAUGUGGUAUAAAAAUGGAAUGAGAAUGACUGAAUUAGAUCCAACUUUAUCUCAAAUUAACGUGACUGUAGACCAUAAUGGUGGAAACAUUACGUGUCUGGCUACAGAAUAUCUCCCUUGUUAUGAAAGACUACAGAACACAACAGAUUAUGAUGUUUUGAAUAUUGAAGAGUGUAAUAAUGUCUCUGAGAGUGAAACCUUUUACUAUAAACCUCAACAUGCACCCAUUAAUGUAGAACUAGAGCCAGAUCAAAGGGAGAUAACUGUGAAAAAAUAUGAGGAUUUGAAAGUAAAAUGUUCAGCUAAGUGUCACCCAAAGUGCAACGUAACAUGGGAGAAAGAUUUUCAAGACCUUGAAUCAAAUAGUUCGUUUUUCAUAACCGAGAAUUGGUUUGGAAAAGAUUUGAAAAUUGUGAACAUCAACAGUUCUCAUGAAGGUGUUUACGUCUGUCUUGUCAACAACACUCAUGGAGAAAACAAGAAGAAUUUUACUCUAAGUGUUACAGUUAAUCCCACAACUGUUAAUCCCACAACUGUUAAUCCCACCACAGUUAAUCCCACCAUAAAUAUUAAAGCUAAUUCUGAACCUGAGAACAAAGAAGUGAAAUCUGCAGAGAAGAAUAAUGUUAUUGUUGCGGUUACAGUUAUUAUUGUUAUUAUAGUAGCUGUUAUUGUAAUUGUUAUUAUAGUUAUCAUAUACAAGAAAUAUCAGAUUAUCAUAUACAAGAAAUAUCAGAUUGUUAUUAUGGUUAUCAUGUACAAGAAAUAUCAGAAAAAGAAAAACGACUAUCGUAAUACAGUGCGUGAAGGAAGUUCAUCAGAAGAAGAUGAAGGUAUAUUUGAAACAAUGGAUUUAUAUCAGGGUGCCCCUUUAACAAGAACAUCCAGAAGCAGUAAUUCCAGAAAUGGUGUAGAUAACAAUAUGCCAGAAAGUGUUCAAUAUGCUAUGUUAGAGUUAAAUGCUCCAAAUGGUUACAGGAUUCAUGGCAUCAAGCGGGAACAUGAGGUUCUGUACAGUACAAUAGACUUUACCAAGAAAGCGCCGCCAAUGCCUAAAAGUAUGGAAGUAGAUUCUGAUGAUGAAGAUUGGUCUUAA